AAAAUUCUUUUCAGGUUAAUUGAGUCAUAUUCUUAAAGUUAAAAGAAUUAUGAGCAAACGAAAAACAAUUGAUGCAUUCUUUAAGAAAAAAGAUGUUAGCAAUUCAGAAAUUAGGACACCUGUGGCUGUAGAAACAAAUGUUAAUACUUCGAUGCCUGAUGAACACACCUCCAAAUGUCCAAAACUUCAAUCUGAAGAGAUAGAUCGUGAUCCAGGAACACGUAAACAAAUAUGUGAAUUUCCUAUCAACAAACAAGAUGAAAUUCGACGAGCUUAUCUCAUAGAAGGUCCAUACCAACCUGAAAAUAUAGUCUUUCCAUACAAUGAUGAUACUCAUCGUCGUCGAUUUCAACCUUCAUGGUUUGUUUCACAUAAGGAUUGGUUGGAAUACUCACCUACAACGGAUGCAUUAUAUUGUUUUCCUUGCUACCUUUUUAGUAAGAAACCAAUAGGUCGUCCCGGAUCAGAUGUGUUCAUUUCAACAGGUUUUAAUAAUUGGAAAAAGGUGAAAGAUGGAAUGAAUUGUCCUUUAAUUCGUCAUGAAGGGAAAGAACCAAACUCUCCACAUAAAAAUGCUGUGAAAUGUUGCGAGGAUUUACAGAAUUAUUCACAACAUAUUGACAAGCUAAUUGAGAAACAAACGUCAAAAGAAUUAGAGAAUAAUCGGUUGCGGCUCAAAACCUCAAUAGAGUGUGCUCGAUGGCUAGCAUUCCAAGCUUGUGCUUUUAGAGGUCAUGAUGAAAGCCUUGAUUCAAAAAAUAGAGGCAAUUUUAUUGAAUUGAUAAAAUUGACAUCAACUUUUAAUGACAAAGUAGCUAGUGUUGUCUUGGAAAAUGCUCCUGGAAAUGCCAAAUAUACAUCACCCACAAUUCAAAAGGAGAUUUUGCAUAUUCUUGCUAAUAAUGUGCGAAAUGCUAUUCGUGAAGAAAUUGGAGAUGCAAAAUUCUGCAUUCUUGUUGAUGAAGCUCGGGAUGAGUCGAAGAGAGAGCAAAUGGCCAUCAUUUUGAGAUUUGUUGAUAAAGAAGGUUUUAUUAAAGAGCGUUUUUUUUAUGUUGUGCAUGUUAGAGACACUACUGCAUUGACUUUAAAGAAUGAGAUAUGUGCUGUCCUUUCUCGUUAUAACCUCCACAUUGAAAAUAUUCGAGGUCAAGGAUAUGAUGGGGCUAGUAACAUGCGUGGUGAAUGGAAUGGAUUACAAGCUCUUUUUCUUAAAGAUUGUCCAUAUGCUUAUUAUGUACAUUGUAUGGCUCAUAGGUUGCAAUUAGCUCUAGUUACAGCAUCUAGAGAAGUAAAAGAUGUUCAUCAAUUCUUUGAUCAUUUGGUCAAUAUUAUCAAUAUUGUUGUUGGUUCUAGUAAGCGUAGUGAUGAAUUGCAACAUGCUCAAGCAGAACAAGUUGAGAAUAUGAUUGCUUCUAAUGAAAUUGAGACUGGAAGAGGUGCAAAUCAGAUUGGUACUUUGCAACGAGCUGGAGAUACUAGGUGGGGAUCUCAUUUUCAAUCUAUUUGUAGUUUGAUUAAAAUGUUUGAUGCUACUUGCAAAGUUAUCAACACUAUUUCUGAGGAAGGAGCUAAUUAUAAACAACGCGGUGAUGCCGAUGGAGCUUAUCAGGUAUUAACAUCAUUUGAAUUUAUUUUAAUCUUGCAUUUGAUGAAAGAGAUAAUGGGAAUUACUAAUGUUCUUUGUCAAGCUUUGCAACAACAAUCUCAAGACCUUUUAAAUGCCAUGCAUUUAGUUUCAACUACAAAAUCACUUAUUCAAAAGUUGAGAGAUGAUGGAUGGGAGCCUUUACUUGCUAGUGUUAUAUCAUUUUGUGAGCAACAUGAAAUUGAUAUUCCUGAUAUGAAUGCUCGUUACACUAAAGGUCGAGGUAGAUAUCGUCGUCAAGAUGACAAUUUAACAAUGGAACAUCAUUUUAGAAUUGGCAUAUUUACAGUUGCAAUAGACUUUCAAUUGCAAGAAUUGAAAAGUAGAUUUUGUGAGCUAACAACGGAACUUGUCAUUCUUAGUUCAGCUUUAAAUCCCAAGGAUGCUUUUAGAUUAUUCAAGAUUGUUGAUAUAUGCAAUUUGGUUAAGAAAUAUUAUCCUCAAGAUUUCACUGAACAUGAACAAGAACUUUUGGAGUCUCAAUUGCGACAUUAUGAGCUUGAUGUGAUAAAACAUCCAGAUUUUCAGAAUAUGAGUACAAUUUCCGAGCUAUGUAGGGGAUUAAAAAUUUCAGGAAAGUCUCAAAUAUAUUUUUUGAUUGAUAGACUUAUUCGUCUUGUGUUGACCCUUCCAGUUUCUACAGCAACUACAGAACGAGCUUUCUCAGCUAUGAAGUUGUUAAAAACAAGACUUCGCAAUAGAAUGGAGGAUGAGUUUUUGGCAGAUAAUAUGAUAAUUUAUAUAGAGAAGGAAAUUGCAGGGAAUUUCACUAUAGAGAUGAUAAUGGAUGAAUUUUAUUCCAUGAAAAAUCGUCGUCAGGCAUGAUUUGAUUCGGUUGAUGACCCGACCUGACCCGAAUAAUGGAAGAUUUACUGAGGCUUAGUCCAUGGAGCGGAGGCUUGGGCCGACAAAAAUUUUUUGGCCCGUUUUGUAACCCAUUGUGAAUCCUGUGCGCAGGAUAUAAAAGCUGUUUUUUUUGGUGAUUGGGGUUUUGUCUUGUUGUUGUUUUUGAGAAAGAAAAACACUGUAGCCGCACAUUGUAAUUUUCUUUGAUAAUAGUGAAAUCCCUGCAACUCUGUGGACGUAGGCAAAUUGCCGAACCACGUAAAUACUGUCUUGUGCGUGUGAUUGUUUUACUUUUGGCGUUUUGUUUUUUCUAU